ACUGUGAAAAGUUAAUCGUUUUUGAAUUCCAUAAGUUUAAAUUAUGACUAUUCAAAAUCUUAUUCAAUUUAUAUGGUGGGCUUAUGGCAUUCAAUAAUAUUAUUUAUGUGAAAAUGUCAUAUGCCCAACCUUAUGAACCAGAAUGUAGUAUGGCGGACAACAUUGAACAAGUGAAGGAGCGGCCUUCAACAGAUUCCAGGUUUUUAACAAAAUUUUUAGUUAUUGCGUUUUGUUUUGAUAUAAAUUUGUUUCACAGGUUAAGUAAAUGUUUUCUCUGCCGCAGCUGCCCAAAAACUAUGCCUCGUUUAGUCGUAUCGGCUCGAUCUGGUCAUUGCCCAAAACUCCAAAACAACAAACGGCAGCAGCGACAACUCGAUCGACGGCUCGCAUCGGUUGUCGUUUGUGCUGCACAAAAUUUUCGGCACCUUGCUGUUCAUCGAGGAGUGGUCAUCUUCGUUGAGUCUUCAGGCAAGGAUGAGCGUGCUGUGUCGGUUCGCGUUGAGAAAGGUCAAUGGCAUCAUCUGUACGGACACUUUGGGUUGCAGUAUUGACGACAUCGACGUGGUAAUCUCGUACGAAAUCGACCGGAUCGGGCGAACGAGUCGUGCCGGAAACCGGGUACCUUCAUCACGAUGCUGAUCGACUAGAAGCAAAAGAAGUUCAAGUUGACCCUGGUCGAGGCCGGCAGGCAGCAGCUGGAGCCGAUCGAAAUCCAUUCGAAAGCCGAGAAGGAAUUCGCCGUGAUGUACUCGGCGGUGCUGAUUGACCUGUGCGAAGGAUGCGAAGCCCUGGAUCUGGAAAAGCAAACGAUCAAGAAGAUUCGCUAGCAUGACCAAGGUGAACCUGCUUAGCAAGCUGAAGGAUCGCGUCGACAUUGAUCCGGCCCUUCCAGCGAAAUGAUCAAAGUGAUAC